AUGAAGUACUCCUGUGCGCUGCUCCUUUUGGCCAUCCUGGGAUGCUGCCUGGUGAGCCUGUCGAGAGCUGCCUCAACCACAGCCGCAAGCACAACCGCUACGACGGAGGCCUCCACCGCCACCACAGCCGCGUCCACGGCCACCACGGCCACCACCGCCACCACAGCCGCGUCCUCGGCCACCACCACCACCACAGCCGCGUCCGCGACCACCACAACCACCGCAAGCACCACAACCACCACCACAGCUGCUUCCUCCGGCAAAAAGAAGAAGCACGUGACCCACUACAAGCGCAAGACCCACCGCCCCAAGAAGGUCAGGAAGAUCCACCGCAAGAAGAAGCGCAGCGGCUAA